GAGGCGGGCCCGAGGGUGAAGCCUGAGCCGGGCAGCGUCCGGAGCCGGGCCGAGCCCCGCGUGGCUCAUGGCGGGGCCGCGGGGCGCGCUGCUGGCCUGGUGCCGCCGCCAGUGCGAGGGCUACCGCGGCGUGGACAUCCGCAACCUGAGCAGCUCCUUCCGGGAUGGCCUGGCCUUCUGCGCCAUCCUGCACCGGCACCGGCCCGACCUGCUAGAUUUUGAUUCACUUUCCAAGGACAAUGUCUUCGAGAAUAACCGAUUGGCCUUUGAGGUGGCUGAGAAGGAGCUGGGCAUCCCGGCUCUCCUGGACCCCAAUGACAUGGUCUCCAUGAGUGUCCCCGACUGCCUCAGCAUCAUGACCUACGUGUCCCAGUAUUACAACCACUUCGCCAGCCCUGGCCAAGCUGGCGUCUCUCCACCCGGAAAGGGCUUGGCACCCUCCUCCCCACCAUCUAUUCCAGUGGAACCAGGAGAUGGGGCUCAGGGCGAGGACCUCUCCUCGGGUCACCUGUCGGAGCAGGGCGCCCACCGGACUCCCAGCAGCACGUGCGCGGCCUGCGGGAAGCAUGUGCACCUGGUGCAGCGUUACCUGGCCGAGGGCAAGCUGUACCACCGGCACUGCUUCCGGUGUCGGCAGUGCUCCAGCACCCUGGUCCCCGGGGCUUACCGGAGCGGGCCCGAGGAGGGCACCUUCGUGUGUGUGGAGAACUGUGCCCGGCUGGGCCCAGCUGGGCGGUCAGGGGCCAAGCCCACGCCUCCCCCACAGCCAAAGCAACAGCAAGAAGAUGCAAAAGAAGUGGCAGAAGAAGCCAAGGACGUGGAGGGAGGCAGCCCUAGCCCUAGCGUGACCGCAGGGGCUGAGGCCCGGCCCCAGGUCCCCACCAAGCCCUGUGUGCCGGACAGACCACAGGACCUGGCCAGCCCCCAGGCCAGCCGCCCCAUGCCUGCCCCCAGGAAGGCCUUGGAGAGCACAGCCCAGACGCCCCCCACGCCCCGGCCCCGGUCCAGUCUGCAGCCCGAGAACCUGGAGCAGGGGGCCGGCGGCAGCCUGGUGAACGGGAAGCUGCACGAACCCCCCGUCCCCAAGCCGAGAGGGACGCCCAAGCUAUCAGAGAGGACACCAGCCCCCAGGAAGGACCCUCCUUGGAUUGCGCUGGUACAGGCAGAGCCAAAGAAGAAGCCAGCCCCGCCGCCCCCGAGCAGCAGCCCCCGGCCGCCUGGCCGGGACAGCAGGCGGGUGGAGAACGGAGGCGCAGAGGAGGAGGCCCCGAGGAGCCCGGCGGCGGCUGGCCUGGAGCCCAAGCCCUACAACCCCUUUGAGGAGGAGGAGGAGGAGGAGGAGGAGGAGGCGGAGGCAGAGGAGCCCCCCGCUGCAGCCAGUCUGGCCACCGGCCCUGCCCAGGCCCCCCAGGAGUCCACGCCCAAGUCCCUGCACCCCUGGUACGGUAUCACGCCCACCAGCAGCCCCAAGACAAAGAAGCGCCCCGCCCCCCCAGCGCCCAGCACAUCCCCGCUAGCUCUGCAUGCCUCCCGCCUCUCGCGCUCAGAGCCGCCCUCGGCCGCCCCCUCGCCAGCCCUCAGUGUGGAGAGCCUGUCGUCUGAGGGCUCCAGCCAGACCACCGGCGGGGGGCUUCUGGAGCCCCCAGUGGUGCCCAAGAGCUCCUCAGAGCCUGCUGUCCACGCACCCAGCACCCCUGCGACCUCCGCCAGCCCCUCCGCCACCUCCUCCCUGUCCUCCUCUGGGGAGCUGGCACAGCGCACUGCGGACCACACGCCCCAAGCUGGCCCCGGCCUUGCCUCUGGUACGAGGGGCAGCCCGGGCCCCCAGCCAGCCAAGCCCUGCAGUGGCGCUGCCCCCACACCCCUCUUGUUGGUGGCAGACAAGACCCCUGUGCCUUCCCCGGGCACCUCAUCCCCGCAGCUCCAGGUAAAGUCUUCCUGCAAGGAGAAUCCUUUUAACCGGAAGGCAUCACCCACAGCGUCCCCUGCCACAAAGAAAGCCACCAAGGGACCCAAGCCAGCGAGGCCACCUGCCCCGGGACAUGGCUUCCCGCUCAUCAAGCGCAAGGUCCAGGCUGAUCAGUACAUCCCCGAGGAGGACAUCCAUGGAGAGGUGGACGCCAUCGAGCGCCAGCUGGACGCCCUGGAGCUCCGCGGGGUUCUGCUGGAGGAGAAGCUGCGCAGCGGCAUGAACGAGGGCCGUGAGGAUGACAUGCUGGUGGACUGGUUCAAGCUCAUCCACGAGAAGCACCUGUUGGUACGGCGGGAGUCCGAGCUCAUCUAUGUCUUCAAGCAGCAGAACCUGGAGCAGCGUCAGGCCGACGUAGAGUAUGAGCUGCGCUGCCUUCUCAACAAGCCGGAAAAAGACUGGACCGAGGAGGACCGGGGCCGGGAGAAGGUGUUGAUGCAGGAGAUUGUGACCCUCAUCGAGCAGCGCAAUGCCAUCGUCAAUUGCCUGGACGAGGACCGGCAGAGGGAGGAAGAGGAAGACAAGAUGUUGGAAGCCAUGAUCAAGAAGAAAGAGUUCCAGAAGGAGGCUGAAUCCGAGGGCAGGAAGAAGGGGAAGUUCAAGACCAUGAAGGUGCUGAAGCUGCUAGGAAACAAGCGUGACACCAAGAGCAAGUGCCCCGGGGACAAGAGCUAACAGCAGGGGCACUGCCACCCACCCCUUCCUGGCUCAGCCCUGUCCUUCUGGUUCUGAUGACUUCAGAUGCUGCGAUGGACCCGAGGAGCAAGCAGGGGUCUGGUCCAGGGAGCGGCAGUGUCUGCCCCUCGUCCCACCUGGCACCUGCUGUGACAGGCAGCUCCUUGGUCCUCCUUCCCUCGGUCAUGUCCAGAUGGGAUUCUUAGCUGCCAAAGUUCUGAUCCGCGGGUGCUUCCAGUGCAAGGGCUGCCCGUGGGUCCCCUGCCUCCAGGGUUCUGCUCCUCUCGGCAGGCCACCGGGCAGGCCUUGGCUGCUCUGGCUUCGUCCCGCCCCGGCCCUGGCC